AUGGAUUUACAAAAGAAGUUCUUUAUCCUAGUGGAAAGACUAUGCAAAGGAAUCCGUCAGGAAUUUUCUGCUGAAAACCACCCAGCGCUGGCGCACCGGGACAAGGAAGUAGGGAGCAGCGGCGGCGCGCUCGGCCCGGCGGGACGGCUGCUGUAGCUGCCGGGGGCGCGCAGCCCGUCGGGGCGCGGAGCACCGGGGGACCGCCGGCCGGGCUCCAGCCGAGGUUAGUGCUGGGACAGACCCCUCUCGCGCGAGGGAACAAGCUCCAGACGCCGCCGAGGACUGAUUUUUACGGAGAGUCGUUGUGCUGCUCCCUUGGCGGAGUGGGAGCCCCGACGGCGGAAGGAGCGGCGGGGCGGCCCGGCCGGGAGCGCGGGAGGCCGGCGGCCUGCUCGGGCCGAGCCGGGCCGGGCCGGGCCGCCUGUUGCAGCGCCGGCAGCCUGAAUGCGCGCAGUAAGUGUUGGCUCAGCAGUCAGCAGCACUGCUGCCAGCGAACCUAUUCUCUACUUCACGCAACAUGGAAGAACAUAAUGGGAAACCUGACUGUAGUCAGCUUUUAGACCUGAAGAACACAGCAGAAAGCGACUCUAACCCACUCACUACAUUUUCUGUGAAAACACUGUUUGGACUUACAACUAAGCUUGAAUCUACAGCUCCUACAAAAGAAACAGUGCUUAAAGCAUUUCAACCUUUGCACAGCAAUAUAAAUACUCACGCUAACACCUGGCAUGAGAGGAAUGAUAAUGGAUGUAAUGAGGACUCAGAAAAUCAGCACAGCGUGGAUAGUACCAGUGACCAGGCUGACCCAAUGUCUGGCAGGCAGGCAGGCCUGGAGCUCGACUUAGCUGACCAAAAUGAAUUACUUCUUCAGCAUUUGAGGUUUGUUCAGCCUUCUUUGUCUGAAUCUGACAAUGAUGACAAGGAUGUUAUUCUCGUACAAGGUACUUUGGUUCAUACAACAAGUGACACAGAAUCGGACACGGAGAAUAAGGACCUAGACACCGAUGAGAACAAUGCAAGCAAAUAUGGGCUAAAAAAUGCUGCUUUGUCUGCUGAGGCCUUGGACAACAGCAAUCAAAAUAAGGAAGAGUCAGAAUCAGUAGGGCACAGCAACAGUGAUGACACUGUGGAUACAGACGGCAUUGAAUUACAUCCACCAUUCUCUAACCAGCUCCCAAAAGAGCUGGAUGGUAUUCUACAGUAUGACUCCAAUGGAAAAGACAAAAUGUUAAUGGAUGAGCAAUUCACUCAUUUGCUUGCUACAGGAGAAUGUCCUCAAGAACUUUCAGAUGAAGAACAAAGACCUUCCGUUGAUAAUAUAUCACUCCAAAAAACAGCACUGGCUGAAAAGACUUUCCAGCUGCCUGCUUUCUUCAGUGGACUACGUGUCAGGAAAAAGGGACUAACCACAGAAGAUGGGGAAAUUGUUACAGAAAUUAAACCAAGGGAGAAUGAUUUAGCUCUGCUUAAAUUACGACAGCCUGUUAAGAAAUCCAAUAUUGCAUCAGGUUUGACCAUUAAAAAAAAAUCAUCUGAACCUAAAGCAAAUCCCACUUUUCUAGAACAACUCUCACACUUGUUAAACAUAGAUGUCUCCAAGAAUGAAGAUAGAACUGAGGACUCUGCUGAGGGAUCUGGGGAGACCGAGGACAGUGAUGAAGCUCAAGAGAACAAAGCCUCCAGCAAAAGAGAACCACGAUUUCCCUCUGAGGAGAUAAAAUCAAGCCCUGCUGAAUCUGCACUGGAUGCCUUUAAAGCCUUAUUCACGCGACCUCCCAAGAAAGAAACAACUGCAGAUCCUUCAGAGCUGGAAGCCCUGAAACGCAAAAUGAGAAAUGAAAAAGAGUCCUUGAAAGCUGUAUUUGAAAGGUCAAAAUCAAAACCUGGGGAUGGACCAUCAGACAAAUCUCCUGACCUGAGUCCCUCAGAGCAAGAUGACAAGACUCCAGGGAGACUCCAGACUGUCUGGCCGCCACCAAAAGCAAAUCAUGAAGAAGUAAAAGUAGGAUUGAAGUACACAGAAGCAGCUCACCUAAAGCUUUGCAAGGAGGGACCACCAGAGUACCAAGCUGCCAUUCUGCAUUUGAAGAGGGAACACAAAGAAGAAAUUGAAACAUUAAAGUCUCAGUUUGAACUCAGGGUAUUCCAUAUUCGUGGAGAACAUGCUGUCUCAACUGCUCAGCUUGAGGAAACCAUUGCACAUCUGAAGAAUGAACUUGAUAAUAAAUUAAACAGAAGAAAUGAAAAAGCAAAGGAUAUUGGUGUUUCUACUGAAGAUGAUAACCCACCAAAGGCAUACCGAAAUGUAUGUAUACAGACUGACAGAGAAACUUUUAUAAAGCCUAGUGAAGAAGAAAACAGAGCUGUGAAAAAUAACCAAAUAGUACCCAAAAAGCUUAAUAUUUCUUCUUUGACACAUAGUAUAUCUGCCCAAAGUGAAAAUAAGGACAAUUACAAUGUACAGUCAUCAGAAAGUGUCUUGUCUUGUCAACCAAAACAAAUGCUGUCUCCACCACCACCACCACCUCCUCCCCUUCCUGAUUCUUCACUGUCUGCUGUAGUUCCUCCACCACCACCUUUGCCAAUGGGUCCAGCUUCACUGACAUCUCAGUUUGGAUCUGGUCCACCGCUGCCACCUCCACUUUCUGAAGGCUGUAGGAAUUUUCAAGCACCACCACCACCACCACCCCCACCGCUUCCAGGGCUGGGACCUCCUGUUCCUCCUCCACUGCCUGGAUCUGGGUUACCUCCACCCCCUCCACCUCCUGGGCCUGGGUUGUUUUUUAAUAGCACUUUAUCUUCAAACCAAGGUCCUCGAAAACCUGCCAUUGAACCUGGCCGUCCCAUGAAGCCUUUGUACUGGACACGAAUACAAUUGCAAGAUAACAGGAAAACUGCUAUGCCAACAUUAUGGGAAUCACUGGAAGAACCUGAUAUACUUGACACUACUGAGUUUGAAUAUUUAUUCUCCAAAGACACCACUCAGGAAAAAAGAAAACCAUUAUCAGAGACUUACGAAAAAAAAACCAAGGCCAAAAAGAUUAUCAAAUUGCUGGAUGGAAAGCGAUCUCAAACUGUAGGAAUUUUAAUAUCGAGUUUGCACUUGGAGAUGAAGGAUAUUCAACAAGCUAUAUUGUGUGUCGAUGACUCUGUAGUAGAUCUGGAGACACUGGAAGCCCUAUAUGAAAAUAGAGCACAAAAGGAUGAACUGGAGAAAAUCAAGCAAUAUUACCAGACUUCAAAAGAGGAGGAACUGAAGCUUCUGGAUAAACCAGAACAAUUUCUGUAUGAGUUGUCUCAAAUCCCCAACUUUGCAGAGCGAGCUCAGUGUAUUAUCUUCCAGUCGGUUUUCCUUGAAGGGAUAACGUCAGUGCACCGGAAGGUCGAUAUUGUGACUCGUGUUUCCAAGGCUUUGCUGAGCAUGAAAAGUGUAAAGGAAAUUUUGGGCUUGAUUCUGGCUUUUGGAAAUUAUAUGAACGGAGGGAAUAGGACCCGAGGUCAAGCUGAUGGGUUUGGUUUGGAAAUACUCCCCAAACUAAAAGAUGUCAAAAGCAGAGACAAUGGUAUUAAUCUUGUGGAUUAUGUUGUCAUAUACUACCUACGCCAUUGUGAUAAGGAAGCAGGAACAGACAAGAGUAUUUUUCCUUUACCAGAACCACAGGAUUUUUUCCAGGCCUCCCAAGUUAAAUUUGAAGACCUAAUAAAAGACUUAAGGAAACUGAGGAGAGAUCUAGAAGCCUCUGAAAAGCAGAUGAAGUUAGUUUGCAGAGAGUCUUCUGAAGAACAUCUCCAGCCCUUCAAGGAGAAAUUAGAGGAAUUCUUUCAGAAAGCUAAAGAAGAACGGAAAAAAGAAGAGAACAGUUUGGAACAUGCUCAAAAAUGCUUUGAAGAAACAGUGGGAUACUUUGGGAUAAAGCCAAAGCCUGGUGAGAAGGAGAUCACACCAAACUACGUUUUCACGGUGUGGUACGAAUUCUGCAGUGACUUCAAGACCAUUUGGAAACGAGAGAGCAAAAGCAUUUCCAAGGAACGAAUUAAAGUGGCUCAGCAAUCAGUGAGCAAGUUAACUGCAGAGAAGAAAGUUGAAACGAAGAAAAUCAAUCCUACAGCUAGCCUGAAAGAAAGACUACGUCAGAAGGAAGCCAGUGUGACUGCCAACUGAAGGAAGAUGAAUGAAAACAGUGCAGGGAUUUCAUACAUUUCCUGAUGCUUUACUACACCAAUGGCCAGGAAGCACCUUAUGUUAGAUACUGAGUUCUGCUUUGCUGAUCUAUCCCAAGACAAUCCAUUAAAGACUUUUGAGUUCCUUCAGAGGGGUUUGUAUGUUCAGUGGAGGGAAUUCUAAGAAGGUCUUUACGUGGGAAGUCAAUUUUUUUUUCUGUAACUGUUCUUUACAUUGCUUAAAAUGCAUCUUGUUGUCAAUGGUUUAUUAAAAUAUUCUGUGUAUAAUGUAUUAAUAUGGAAGAGCUAAAAUGAGCAUUUUGGAUGCUGAGUUAAGUAAUGACUAACAACCUGUAGGUUAUUUACAGGGCUUUAUGUAGAUGAGAGCAAAUAUGCCAUUCAGUUCACAAAGGUCUAUUGCAGCAUACUUUUGUUACUUCAGCAGUAACUGAGGUAAGAUUGACUGAUUCUAAAUAAUUUUACAGUGACUAACUAUUGGAUGCAUCUUUCUAAACUGAUUAAAUGUAAGUAUAGAUUCAUGCUGUAUUUUACUAUGAAUAUUUUUAUAGAAGCUUCAGCUUAUGCCAUUCAUUGAAAUGGGAGUAAUAUUUUGCACAUAAAAAGGAAUAUUCAAAUUCUUUAGUUUUGUGAUUGAUGGCAUAACAGAUUUAUUAUUUUUAUGGUUUUAAUCUAACAUUUCCUAAAUUUUGAGCUUCGAAAGAAAAAAUUAUAAAAUGUAUAUUUUUAUUUCAGUAUAUAUUGCAAAUAACAAUUCCAUAAAGUGAUGAGUUUAUAGGUCAUUAUUCAUUAAGAUACAAUAAUAUCUCUCCAUGAAGUUAGGCAUUUGCCAUUAAACAUCUGACUUUUAAUUCCAUUGAAAGCUUUCUUUUUAACAGCAAUUAUCUCUCUCUAAAAUACAUUAUGCAGCCUGCUCUUGUUCCUCUGUAUUUGUAUGAAGAAUGUGUCAAGCAUACCUACAUAUUUAUAUAUAUAUAUGGUUUUUAUAUGUGUGUGUAUAUGUGUGUGUAUAUACACACACACACACACACACACACACACAUAUAAUAUAAUAAGUAAAACUUCAGAAAGAAUUAACAGGGUCUUGCUGUCCUCCUGUAACAUUACAACCAUUGCCAUAAAGUGGCAGAGCCUAGAAAUAACCCUACUGAAUACCCACCAUUAAUUGAAGAUUUUUAUUGCAUUUUAAGGAUUUGGAUUCUCAGGAGGAGAAAUCUCGAAGCAGAAGUUAAUUUAAGGUAAAAGAGAAAAGUGAUUCUGCUUGCUGUCCACAAGAGAGAAAAUGAGUUUAUGAUAAUGGGGUUUGAAGUUGGUUACAAAGAGAAAUUAGGUGAAGCAAAGAGGUGCAAAAAGCUAGUAGGGGAAUAGCAUUAGUCCUUUGCUUUGAAACUGGACAGAAUAUGCAUGAGACAGACAUCAGUUAUCAUACAGCAAAUUCCAUAGAGACUGAGAUUAAACCUAGGCAAAGUCCCCCCCUAGCAGCGUACAUUUAUAUUAAGAAAAAUAGCAGUUUUGGAGACACAUUCAUAAUUUAACUUAGGAUUUCAGUGCAGAUUUCUUAAAUUAGUGUCCCUCUCAUUCCUGCAUAAAUGAAAACAAAAGACUCAAGAGUCUCUUGUAUGUUUGGAGUUUAGACCUGCUACAGAUAUACUCAAGAUAUGUAAGCAUAAUUCUUAUGAAAGCAGUCAACAACAUGCCAGCAAAAAUAAUCUGAUUUGUAUUCUGACUAGUCCCAUUGCAGAGAAAAAGAAAAUUCCAAAGAUUUAAGUUUCCUGUCUUCCACUAACUAGGUGACAUACAUUUCUUUUCAACACUAUUAGUGAUAAAUAAGAAGAGCAAUAAUGCCUAUAAAAGCCAAAGAACAAUAGCAAGCAAGGCAAUUCUGAUGAGUGUUUAAGCAAACAGUGUUUAUUUUUUUAUAUAGUUUUCUAUCUAUCAUGAAGAUAGUGUAUAUUGCCAUUUGACCUGACUGAGAGUUUUUUCAAUGAAAUUAAUUACUUGAAGUAUUAUUCAGCAAGAGCAGCACUGUUUGUGAAAAUGGAUGGUCUUUAUUAUUCCCAUUAAAAGUAUAUUGUGGAAAAAAAGGUUUUAACUUAUUGAAAUAUCCUGUUUCAAAAUUUCUAAAUGUGAAUUUUCAUUUUUCAGUUCAAAUUGACUUCAUUUUGAAAUGUUGAAAAAUGUAUAUAAAAAGGGAUUAAAAUUAAAAUUAUUCAUUUAAAGCAUUCCUUGAUCAGACUUAUAAUUCUUUUAUCAAAUUAGCAAUUUGCCAAGGUUUUGAGAAUUAAUGCUAUUUUUUAGAAGAUUCAAACACUUAUAUAGCACACCUAGAUUAUUUGAUUCAUUGUCUUAAUGAAGACUGUAAGAUGGCAUUCAUCAGGUAAAUAUCACAGUUUCUCCCCCAGUGAUUCCCACAAGUGUCUUCAGGCAGUGAUUGAAGCCACAGGAGCUGGCUUUAACUAAAAUUGUGUAUUAGAGAGGAGAUAUUUACAGAUAUGUCUACAUAAGCUGUUUAUUUCUGAAAUAUUUAGACACUUCAGGCAUAACAAAUGUGCAUCAACCACCACUCAUCUUUGGGGUCACCAAAGGUCACCAAACAUUAUGUUUUAAGCUUUAGGCCUUAGUUUGAUGCCUCACUUUACCUUGAGCUUCCUAGUUUGGGGAGAAUAAAAGGACAGAAGGAGAGGAGAAGGAAACUACAAUGAUGGAAUGGAACAGGAGUCUGUGGUACAUGUCUACAUUGCUGUCAAGGAAGUAAAGAGUGGACUCAGUUAAGCCGAGCAGCAAUAGCUAGACAGUUACAAUUUUCAGUUACAAUUUAACUUAAAAUACCUCACUUCACAGAAGUCACUUCUGUGACUGCAAAGUAGAUGUGGCUCAAGAGGGGGAAUUUUCUGCUGUGUAUUGGUUUCAUUACUUCUGUUACUGCCAAGCUUCUCAAAGGCUGUAAAGCAUAGGAGUAUUAAAACCCAUGUUACUCAUUAGGUGCUUAUUACCCACACUGACAAUACACUGACAAGUACUGAUUUAUAAAUCAAAUUAUUAGGAAGAAUUCAAUGUACAAUGAGUAGAUAAUAAACUGAAAAGUCCUCUUUACAUUAUUUACAACAUUAUCACUUGUUGAUUUUAAAAUGGAUGACCUUUUAGUGUCUUUGAGGUCUGAAAAAUGAUUUUUUCAUUAGGUUUUUAUCUAACUAUGAGAACUACACAGGUGUUUUGCCAUCAUUAACCCCUGCAAUUGUUUUGCCUUGUGUUUUAUCAUAGCCUUGUAAAUGUAUAUAUUGAAUAUUAAACUUUUAUAUUUAACUUAGAAUUUUUUGCAUCAAAACAGAAACUAUGAACUUCAGUUUCUGUAUAUAAAUAUUUCUAUUUCAAAUUAUUAAUAAUUAACAUUUGUUUGAUGCAUCUUACAGCAUUAAGGUAGAAAAUUUAUAUGCUCUGAAAUUAAACACUGUUUUGGAGAUUCCCAGGCUAGGUCUGAGAAAGCUGGCAUUUUAGAUUGCACAGUGAGAAAUCCCAGAAUCCUAGAAACCCUAGUUCCUUAGUAGUCAAAGGUUUGAGCAUCUGCAAGAGACUUUACCUUGGGUACAGUUAACAUGGUGCCAGAUUUAAAUAACUGUCUCUACUUUUAGAUAUGGCCUGCUAAUAUCAUUACUAAAUAUUUCCACCGCUAAAUAGGGUUUAAACUGUAAGAAUUUUAUGCAACUGUUUUGGAGAUCUAAAGUUCAGAAGUUGUGCAAGCAAAAUUGGUAGACCUCAUCAAAAAUACUUGGCUUUGCAAGUUUGUUUUUUUUUUCAAAAUGCCUACAAGACCUUUUCUUGCUUGUUUUUAUAAACAAUUCUCUCAAUUUAAAAGUAUUCAAAACAAUGUUACAAAAAUUUUUUUUCCACUUGGUGAAAAUGAGGUAUACUUAAACAGUACCAUCUUAGGAAAUUUUGCAAGCUUCAACUGUAUUUAAAUUUUUAUUUGAUAUAUCAUAGAAUUCAAGCUUUUAAAUUAGGACCUGUUAGUAAAAUUUAAGCACUGGAUAUAAAAGAUUGUAUAAUGUAAGAACCAAUGAAGUAAAAAUGCUGAACUGAUAAAUGGCUUCGAGACAGAGUGCUCCACCUUCCUGGGAGGACAUUAUCAAGUGACAUAAGCUUUUCCCUAAUGUGGAACAGCACUGCAUUUCCUGUGGUCUCCUUCUGCCAGGUGUCAUCUCAGACUAAACUAAAGGUUGCACCUUUUUUUUUUCAUUAGCUGUUUCUGGUUAAUUUCAUUUCAUACUCUUUCACCUCAAUUUCACCUUCAAUAAGCUAAUAUUGAGUAAAUAAGAAGCCUUUUUAUACAGGCUGAUAGUGCUUAUAUAUGCAUGCAGGUUUACUUAUGCUUGUAUUCCUCUGGCCCACAUGGUAAAAAAUAUCCAUAGGGAACACCAUGGGGUCAUGGAACUGGAUAAAAUCUUUUAGAAUCCUGUUAGGAAAACUGUACUGAACUGUCCCAGUGUGGGACAUGAUUUCUUUUCUGUGGUGUGAUCUGCCUACAAAGGUUUUGGAGUCCUGGGAGCUUUUGGAGGAUGGAGAAGGCUGUUUCAGGGCAUCUUUGCUUUAUCCAUCAGUUUCCAGCAGCUUGUUUCUCAGGAGCUACACUACAGAAUUCCCUGAGCAUAGAUUGCCUGGGGGACUCCUGGAAGGGAGACUGGAAAAUAAUCUCAAUGGUUGAUUUUCAAAAGGGAAGAGAUCACACCUAUAUUUCCAGAUUAAGGUAAAAGCUAGAAGACUUCCAAAAUAGCAAAAGUUUUGUAGAGUUGUAUGUAUCCGCUCAUUAGGUUUUACAGAUUUCAGAAAUGCUGCAUUCAUGUAUAUGAGCAUCAUCCUGUGCCUAUGUACUGAUCACGUGAUUAUUUGAUAUGAACAAAAUCACUUAUAUUGUCUUACUCUUGUGCUUUGACCAGUAGAAUAUUGACUAAAAAGCUGUUAAAAGAGCAAUCCAUCAUCAGAGUCCUGACAGACAGCUGUGUUUCAGUUUUCCCAGUGUUGUCCUGGCAGGAGCAUUGAUAUUGUCCUAGAGGUAAGAUGAGUUUAGCUGCCAUGACAUCUGCCUUCUCAGCCUCUCUCAAUCAUAAGCUGGUACUUGUAUCAUAGGGCCAAGUGAUGGGGCCAAAUUCUGUCGUCACUGAUGACUGCAGUCUUCAUUGCAAUUAGAAGUUAACGGUGGCACAAAAUAAUACUAAGAAUGUUAGGAUGUUUUUGUGAUCAACAUUGAACCAUUAUGUAUUUGGUGAGCUCAAAGACCUGAAGAGUACUGACAGGCUGAGAUUUGUGUACUAUAUUGGUACUGAUGAAUGGCAUCAUUAUAGAAGUUCAAGUGACUGUAGAAAGAAGACCUGUUACAUCUGUUGACUGGUUGAUAAUUGUCUUUAAUUUUUUUAAUCUUCCACAAGAUGAUUUUUCAAUCUCUGAACUAUGCAUUUGAGUACUUUAUAUAGUACAUUUUCUCUCUGACUUCUCCCAGAGGGGCCAAGCUUGUAGUUUAGUACUUUUACUGUCUGAUUUGGCAUGUUGUAAAUACAAUCCAUUGUUGUUGAAUAAAUCCUGAGCAGCUAUCCACAGACAGUGUGUUAUAGAAACUGCAGAAACUGGGUACCAAUCUAAGAUUAUGGCACUGCUUCCCACAGCUUGGAGCAUCAGUUGUCAGCAUAUUAACAUAGAUGCUGUAUAGACCCUGAUACUUCUUAGGUGUAAAGUAGUUUUAGAGGUGUAUUUGCCAAUAGCAGCUAAUCACUAUAAACUGGAAAAAAGCCAUGUUCUUAUAAUUUUUUUUCUAUUGAUUAGGAUGAUUUUUUGUGGUAUGGGUAUCUUCUAGAUUUUAUAUGGGAGCAUACCAUUUUGUAAUUAAUCAAAGCAGAACAAGCUCACAGUUCUGUUCUAGACUUUUUUUCAUAUCUGACAGGAAGGUGAAUAAAUAAAACUGAUUUCAUUCCAGAUAAAAAUAAUACCUUUUUCUCAUUCUAUUAAUUUUUAUAGUUUGUGUUACAGUCCAGUGUGUUUUAGAAGGGCUGUAAAGAGUGAAAACAUUGCAGUGCCAUUGAAACAACAAUAUUAACCUCACUAUAUCUUCCUUGUGGAUUUUCUUUUGAACUCAAGUGUUUGCUUGGGUUUGUUUGGGAUUUGUUUAAUCAAGCCAGCUUUUCUUGGGUAAGUUUCUAAGGGGGCCUGAGUGCUACUGUGGUCAAGUGAAAUAAUCUCUGUGUGUGCUCAUCAGGCAUGUAGCCUGAACAACACACUUUCAUCUCCAUAUAGAUCAGAGAAGGGAGAGAUUUGAGAGGGAAAUUGAACAGAUUUUGGGGGCCAAAAGCUAUGUCAAAUGAAAUGUGCUUGUCAUAUUGCAUUGGUUUUGAAACCAUGAUACCUAUUGCAAAGGAAGACUCAUGCUCCUUGUCAGAUGGGACUGGAUAAGGACUUUGCAUAGAGAGUUGAUAAAAGCAGUUUCUUUCCAAGUAGGUGCUUUCAGCAAAGCUGUGAAUGCCCAGAUGAUGACUACUGUAUGUUCCCCAGGAAUAACAGAGCUAUAUACUUUAAGAAAUACAGAUAUAUAAUGACACUAUUUUUGCUGGAGAGUAUAUCAGCCUCAAGAACAAAAGCUGCCCCUGCCAGUGUACUUAGCUACUGCUCACUGUACUAAAAGCUUUGCCACAUUUAGAAGCUAAGACAGCAAAAAUGGAAAAAUAAUAUGACAUGAAAAAUCAAGACCUGACCACUGGAAAGUGUUUUUAGUAGGAUUAUAGUAUGAUUUUCAACCUCCCUUUAGCUAUUUGGGUUCUUUUUCCUUUCCAAUCAUUCUGAGUUAAAUAUUUGCUCUGUUGAAUAUUAUUAUUGUUGGUAUGCUUUCGUCUCUUCUCUCCAUAUGAUACAAAAUCAUCAAAAGAGAGGCCUCUUUGGCUGCUUAACUUCUCUUUGAAGAUGUAGCAAAAUGGUAAAAUCUCUUGCAAUGCUGAGUGUUCUAUGUGUACCUAGCAAGUUUCACAGACAUAACAGCAUUUAGGCCUCUGAUGUCCAUGUGGGAUUUGCUUUAAUAAAAUCAGAGCUUUGCUUGAAUGUUUGCAAAUACAGUCAGCAAUUAUAUAUUUGCUGUCCUUUGAAUUGAAAUUAACUUUGCAUUUAUCAUCCUACAAUAUGUAAAGCAAAAAUAAUGUAAUAUUAAUGUGGUUUAGCUUUUUUUGGUUUUCAGAAUUAAACUCCUUGGAAUAGUUCCUGAUUCAAUAUGUUACAAAUGUCUUAAAAGAAUAAGUUAAAUAGAUUCAGGUGCUUUUUCCCUGCUCCAUGUUGUAAUUAUAUAUGUGUGUGCGUGUGUGUGUGUGUGUGUGUGUUUCUACUGUGUAUCUGAAAGUAUAAUUUUCUCAAAAACCAACAUGUGCUAUGAAUGACUUUGUAAUAGUUAUUGUUGUGGGAUGGAGUAUUUAUUUUUAAACUAAAUUCUUAAGGAGACAUUGACUGUAAAUAAAAGACUAUAU